CCCUCAGUGUCACACUCUCCGAUGACGUUGCCCUCUUCAUUCCAGCUUUUCUUCUGAAGCGCUUUAUCUUCUCCGUCUAUACAGUCGCAGGAAGAAGUCUGGGGAUAUCCUGCAGGAAUCACCAUGCAUUAACCGGCGGUAUAGGAAAUGGCAACGUUGUCGUGGAGUCACGGAUUACGGUUAAACGUGCAUGGUGAUAUACGUGUCCUGCUUCGAAUAUCCUGAAUCAGAAAACUAUUGUGGUCGUGUGACUUAGCAUCACAAGUCAUCAAAGUGUAAUAUCGACAGCUGCUUAUCAAAAGGCGUCUUUUCGAAUUGUACAGUACAGAUGUCAUGUUGUUAUUUUACCAAACGUAUUUUUUAGAGUUUUCCACACUGGAAGAUGCGGAUGUACAUCAACGAUGUUGAUGAGAACUGGCACUGCAGGGUGCGCGGAGAGAAAAAAGCACUUGAGGUCAUUCACAAGUCGCGGGUGUCUAAACACACGAUGGUCUUUGCUCUGUGUCUUCUUCGGUUAACCGGAAACAGUCGAUGUUUACCGGCAAGCAACAUUGUGCAAGCUAAUGCACCCAUGCGAUAUUGUUUUUAGACUCAAAGCACCCGCGAUCACUAUUUGGAGUGGGUGCUGCAAAAUCUAUCUUUAAAAACAUAGACUCUGUUGUGAAAUCGCUCAUAAACAAUGUCAAGCGCCGCUACCCUUCAGGCGCAAGUAACCUCCAUCAUGGAAAUUUUAGCCAGAAGUGCCGUGGCGGAGAUAAUAAAACUUGUGGAUGAGAGCUGCGCCGUGCUGCGCUCGGAAAUGUCGCGGAGCCGCAGCGAGAACGAAGCGCUGAGGGUGAAGCUGAAGCUGAUGGAGGGCGAGCUGAGCAGGCGGCCGAAGCGGCCGGACAGCCCCCAGGAUCGCCGUGCAGAGCUGCACUGUUGCGCUCACGGAAGAAAAGCAAAGGACCAGCCCCCCGUGGAGGUGACUCUAUGUGGGAGGACUUGGGACAUGGAUGUCUGGGGAGACGCAGCAGGCGCGGAUCCAGCUUUAGAAGAGGACGUGCUGCAGUCUGCCUUUCCCAGGGAUGCGGUGAUGUACUGGGGGGAGGACGAGCAGGAGCCGGCCCUGAUGAGGGAGAAGAAGCUGCAGGACUCCUGUCUGACCAGCGUCCCUCCCCCAGGAGGGAACAUCUGUGUCCAGGAGACAGACGCUCAGGAGAGACUUCACACUGCACAUGGCUUCAGUGAUACGGGGACUCAGGGUGCAGGCGACUGCCCCGCUUCAGAAAGACACCGGGAAACGGGGCUUCAGGAUCCUUAUACCCACCCCUGUACUGAGACAUCCCCUCCAGCAGGGGGCUCUGCUGUCAGCCGGUCCGCUAAAGGUUUAGCUGAGCAGAAACCCGAAGCUGACGUGCUGACUUUAGUGGUGGUUAAAGAGGAAGCUGAGAUGCAGCCUGUGUGCAGUGAGGAGGCUGCGAUAGAGGGGCUUCACGCGAAACCUGGGCAGAGCAGCGGAAGGCCGCGUGACGUCAAGGCGGAGGGCUGGGGCUCACAGCAGCAUCGGCCUUUAGACAGACAAGACAGGGAGAAGCUCCCUGUGGAAGCGAGUGCAGGGAGAGAGCAUGCAAACAGCAGUCACCUCAAUAUGAAAAACAGGACUCGGAGAGAUCCUGUCACAGGGGCGAAACUGUACAGCUGUGCUCAGUGCGGAAAGCAGUUCAGUUACCAGAGUAACGUGUACAAGCACAUGCGGAUUCACACGGGGGAGAAACCAUACAGCUGCACAUACUGUGGAAGAAAGUUCACCCACCAGAGUAAUCUGCAAGAACACAUGCGCAUUCACACCGGGGAGAAACCGUUCAGCUGCCCUGUGUGCGGCAAGCGCUUCACCCAGCAAAGCAGCCUCAAACGGCACCAGCGCGUGCACACGGGCGAGAGGCCCUUCAGCUGCUCCCACUGCGGCAGGAGUUUCACACGCUUCACCUACCUGAAAAUGCACCAGCAGCUCCACGCCAAAGAGAAAACGGACGGCUGCGUGAAAUACGGCAGAGGUUUAAAUUUCCGUCUCCGCGGUCAGUGUUCAUAAAGCAUAUCCGAUUCAUCAUGGCGAUGACAAUAAAAGAGAGUUUGGAACGAAUAUAACUUGUACCUCAAAGUAGCUGUUUGGCUGUUACACCAUGCAAGUGGGAAAUAAUGGUUCCUACAAAUGUUAGGGCCCCUUUGUGUGACGCUAACUCUGCUGUGCCCUGUUGCCUCAGUGGUCAGCAGCUCGGACUCACAUCUUUAGAGUUUCUGUCUCUGGCUUUGAUUAUGUGGAAUUCACAUGUUCUCCUUGUGAAACUUGGAAUUUCCUCUGUAGUCCAAAGACUCCAAAGCUCUGAAAGGCCCAUAAAGUGUGACUAGUUGUGUCCCCCACCUUGUGCCCUGUGCUGGGCUCCAGGAACACUGUCACCCUGUGCUAGAGAAGUACUUCUGAAAAAUCAGUGUCUGGAAAUAUUACAUAUAAUCCACAUUCACCUUUGGCAAAAUACAUUUUGCUCAAUCCAAACCAUUUGAAGGCAGCAAUAAACGAAGCUGGUUUUAGAUGUGUAGUGUAGAUGGGCUGAUUCUGUUCACUUUUGAAUUUACCUUCAUGUGACCAGAGUUUCAUUACAAAAAGGAGGAUGAGAGCAUGGACUGGAGCACCUUCACGGAACGCUCCCCGUCUUCACACUGAACUACGAGGGUAUUUUUGAUGUCCUCUGUGCAGGUUUGUAAACCUUCCUCAGAUUCUCUAAUCCAGACAGUUCAUGUUACUUGAAUAUUACUGAAUAUAUUUAUUUGCAUUUUUUUUUUCUGCAUAGUUUCCUCCCAAAAUUAAACUUGGUAAAGCAUUAAUAAGUGUUUCUUGAAUAGAUACCGCAGCAUUUACAUUUGUGGUAAAAUCUAAAGCGACAUCAGUAUCAAAAAUUAUCCAAAUUUUAAUAUCGCUAUUUUUAGCCCUUCCUCUGAGGGUUCUGUGAAGUUGCUUUAACAAAAUAUGUCUUGAGUUAAUUCUCUCACUGACACACGGCGCACAAAAGUGGUCUGAAACGACUUGAUUGUUUAGUCUUUCUCACUAAGGAUUUGAAUUUUUUUGUUCCUUCAAUUUUUGUUCUAUUGAAAAUUGCGAAUGUCAAGAAAACUCGCAACUCUCAUUCUGAGGCGUGAACAAAAAUAUAUGUUUUUGUUUUGUAUAUUAAAAGUGCCGCAAGACUAAGAUUCCUGUUUGACUACAGCUUCAUUUUCAAUUUGGUAUCAACCAUGAAAAAAGUUUCCCACUUAAGUGUAUGUUUUAUUUAUCAGUUUAAAGUGCUGAAUAUUCAGUGAUUACACUGAGCAAUAUAAUGUGAAACUGGGAACCACUUCACAAUAAAUGGUAGUAACUCAUUAAU